AUGAAAGCUAUGGCACAUCUACCAGAUACAAUUGCCAUGAAACAACUAGUUCUCUAUCAUCGAAAUGAACAAGUUCUAUCAACGAAUCCAACUGAUCUUUUUUUCGAAUCAAUACUAAAAAACGUACGUUAUUGUAUACACAAUAAACAAUUUUUAUUGUUAGAUUCUGGUCUUAGUUUCGAUAGAAUUAUUAUAAAUGGUACAGUUAAGCAAUUACGAAUACUUAAACAGUCAAAAGAAUUGUAUAUGGAUGAUGCAUUUUGCAUUACUCCAUCAAUAUUUUUUCAACUAUAUACAACGCAUGUUAUCGAAAUAUUAACGUAG